CAUCCGCCUGUUCGCCCAACUGACAACAAACUUGCCGCCAUGAUCAAGGAGAAAGCACUCGCCCGAGCAAGCAGUUCACAGCACACGUAUUAAAAUCAGAGGCGGAAGGGAGGACACUGCUGUUGCCGCCAUGGCGGGCUCAAACAGCAGACCUACUGGCACCAGGGGCAGACCGACACACAGAACCAGAGCGAAGGAUGCUGGUCAAGGCUCAAACCUCGUCACUAAAAAGAAAAAUGAUCUUAAUCAGGCGAAUGUUAGGUCAAUGAGCAGCAAGCGGAAAAUCUCUGUCAGCUCAACCAAUUCGUCCAGAAGCAAUUCGGUGGACAAAAGGAAGAGGAUGUCUUUAAGGACUGAGCAGAGCAGCUCUGCGACAUCGACCUCUGACAGUGCACCUAAUCAGGAAAGAAGCUCAGUAUUAGCCAAAGGAAAGACCAGGGCCGUUGCCUUGGGGAGACUGAGAUCGUCAUUUCCCACGGCCAACAAGAAGGCUGCCGCUUUACGGGGCAGGUCAUGGCAGACUCUGCAGAGAACCAUCCGCAGCAAGCAGUCUUCCCAAGGGACCGACGCGCUCUCCCACGAAAUGAAGCGCCUUCAAACCACAAGUGGUUUUUGGUCUUCGAAGGCCUCGCAGCGCACCAACAGCCCAGCUUCCCAGACCUCAGGUGGUGGUACCUUAGACGCUGGUCAAACAGAGGCAUCCACGGCUGACACGCCGACGCCGCCAAAGCCCAAACGUAUUCCUGUAGGGAAGUCGACCCACAAGCGUACCGGCCCACUGUCUGAGGUGAGGCGGCUGGAAACUACUCGGGGGUUUUCCUAUCCUGGCGCCAUGGUGCUGGGUCCCCGAGUUUCUUCAAAGACUUCCAGAGAUGUUAGCCCAGCAUCUAAUUCAUCGCAAGACAGAAUCACAGCCUCAGGGGGCAGAUCUACUGCUCAGAACAGUGGGCCCCAAAACAGUUCUAAAACAUCGAGGGAUGCUAGCCCGGCUUCAAACUCAUCUCAAGAACGAAUGACAGCCCCUCGGGCCAGGUCUUCUGCUCACAGCAGUGGGACACGAUUCGGUUCUAAAACAUCGAGAGACAUCAGUCCAGCUUCCAACUCAUCGCAAGAGCGCACGACGACUGUCUCGCGCAGCGCUUCUGCCCGACAGACAGGCGCAAAUGCCUCUGAGAUGUCGGAGAAGAGCAUGAGCCCUGCGCCGGGUACCAUCUCUCUGGGCGAGCUGCGACGGCUGGUCACCACCGAGGGCUUCUGGUCGCCCAGCUUUGGAGAGCACCGUGGGAGGUCCUCGCGGGACCUAAGCCCUGCCUCCACUUCGUCGGUGGAGAGAGACAGAUUAGGACGUUCCAGGUCGGGGGGACAGGACGUAAGGGAGAAGGGGAGCGUCAAAGAUUCGGCUGUCAGUGUGUCUCCUGUCACGCCAGGCUCUGCGUCGAGGCAAACUGGCAAGUCAAAUGUCUCGGUUCAGAAAAGUUGUAAAAAGCAAGAGUCGGAGUUGAUGGACAGCUCUGCUGCUGCUGAUAUAACCAGCCCUGGGCCAGCUGUGAGGCGAACAAGGAGAAAACCAGAACAAGACUCAGAGUUGUCCAACAGCACUGAUGUACUAGUCAAGGAAGAAGUGGCCAGGUCGCAAGGCCGAAAACGCAAGCUUCCUGAGGCAAGUUUAUCGACGUCUGCAAAGAAAAGUGUGGUCUCUGAAAGCCGUGAAGAGGUUCAGGCUCUUCAGUCAUCAGAACUAGGUCAGGCUGAGCCGAAGGGAGAAAGUUCUUCUCGGCGAGGUUCCACUGAGAUCUUCAUCUCAGACCUGCUGGGUUCUAGUGAGCUGAAGAGACUAGACACCACUCCCGGUUUCUGGGCCCCCACACCCGACAUCGGUUUUGUUCUCAGCAGAUCGUCUGCUCGCAGGUCGAAGGAUGGCAGAGCAGACGCCUUCGUGUCUUCCACACCCAGAACCAGCAAACUGUCUGCCACGUCCCCAACGCGGAAACCUCAGAGUUCUCUGCUACAACACAGAAAGAAAAAGCUGCAGUCGUUAAAAGCUGCACUACAGAAGACCCACGCCAAGCGCGGGAAAGUCACAGCGAGCCAAGAACAGAAGACAACCGCCCUAGAACCGAAGUCAGCCACAAGUAGUCAGGAUGAUGAGCCGGACACAGACGGCCAAGGGAAGAAAAAGAGGAAAAAAAUCUACUUCGGGACCAAGAAAAGAAGGGGUUUGAAAGGUGUGAGCCCUUCCAUGUUGAAGUACUUACGCCGGGAAGCCAAAGAAAACCCAGGCACCGAGGUGGAUCAGCUGGUCUCCAACUUUUACAGUAAAGUCAACAACAAGUCUCGCUUUGUCAGACUGCUGAAUUACGUUCAAUCAGCGAAAGGAAAGAGCUCAAGCCAAAAAGUUGUGUCAAAGGCUGAAAUCAAAAGGAAGAUUCAGGAUUCAACAUCACGAAAGUCGAGCACUGUUCGGGGUAUAGAAAAACAACCGGAGCCCAAAGGUCUGCGAACGAGAGCAGCUGUGAAACAAGAGGUGGAGCCUGUGACGUCAUUGGAAGCAAAGGUGGAGAUGUCGGACAGUUCAAAAUUUUCAUCACAAAGUGCUGGGGAAGUGAGUGUGAGUGGCGCUGCCGCCAACUGUGGAAGUAGUGAUGGGGAGAGCAGAUGGAGGAGGGUGAGAGGCCUCAGGGAAGAGAGGGGCCCUUCAGCGGAGAAAGCCUCCGUCAAUAACAACAAUAACAACGAUGUGAAGCAGGUGGACGGUGUGCAUGGGGCGCAGGCACUGGUAGAUGCACCCACUGUCGAAAACUCGGGGGAGAGGGUGGAGUCUGACAUGUCAUGUGUGGAAGAGGGCGAUGUGAAGAAGUGUGCAAUGGAAUCAGCUGUGGAGCACCGCAAGGAUUUGAAAGAUAUUGAGAAGGAAGAAGCGGAAGAGAGUGUACCUGAUGAUGGCGAAUGUAAGGAGGAGGUUAAGAAAGAGGAGGAGGGUACGUCAAUAUCAAAAGUGCCCGGAUGUGAACUGACAGAAGAAACCACCGUUGAACACAAUCUUUUGCAUUUAGACUCUGGUAGUGGAGCUGUGGAUGCACCAUUGACUGAGGAUGGUAAAUCUUCCAGCGAUAGUGGACAACACAUCAGCACAUUGGCUCUCCCUGAGAGCCUGGCGUCCGCUGAGUGCAGUGGCCAGAGUGUUGUGACAGGGACAGACAGUAUUGUUGAGCCACACACAAAAGUGACGGACGCGGUGAACACUUCUCCUGAGGAUGAAAACAGUGCUGUUGAUGAAGUGGAUAACGUUGUAGUCCGUGCAGGGGCCACUGUAGCAGAAGACAACAAGGAUGAUGACGGUGUGGUGGCGAAGGAGGUUGUGGCUAGCCCUGAGGAGACACAAGGAGGAGGUCCUGUUGCUGACCACAAGUUGAGCAGGCCCGAAGAAGCAGCCAUACCUUCAGAUAUUGCGGAGGUGGGUGCCGGGAGUUCGAGUUGCUCACAGCUGACUGGAUCAGACGCUACUGCUGGUGGCAGUGAGAACCUUAGCGCUGCUAACAUGAUGAAUGAUCAACGUUCUACGGGUACAGCUUUGACACCACAGACAGAUGUGGACAUUGGACCAACCGAGGGUGUAGAACUCUGCUCUGACCAACCCAUGCCGGAAAUGACGUGUCAAGUGCCUCCAGGAUCUGCUGUAGUGGUCUCAGAUGUGACUGAUUCUGUGUCGUCGGGGCCAGUUCGGGAGUCGGACAUCAACAGUGUUGCCGCCAGUAGCCUGCCAGGUGAGGUGGACAGUGCUGCUGGUGAGCGAGAAACUCGGGGAGCCGAUAACGUGGUGGUAGGGGAGUCUGGUGGUUGUGAUGGUACCCAAGAAAAGACGGUCGCGACUGAUGUCUCUGGCAUCGCACACCCUCACAGCGCUGUCGGGAGUCGGAGGUUUGUGGUGAAAGGGAGAAAAGGUAGAAAGUUUAUUUUGAACAGAAAGAAACCGCAUGCUGGUGACAUGAAAGAGAGUAAUGUUGGAGCUGGAGAGAAACCACCAAGCACUCUCUUGUCCAGGUCACAUGAGCGUCUGAAGAGCCCACUUCACCGCGUGAGAAAGAGAGGCCGCAGCGGCUGGCAGAGGGGGUUGAUGAAGAAGCACUCAAGGGUGGCAAAGCCAGUGUGGAGAGAAACACGGGUGUCUGGUGGACACACGGACUCUGCCUCUUUGCCUGAGACUGGUAAAGGGACAGAAGUUGGACUUCAGGACCCUGUGUCUAGUGCUCUCGUUGACAGCGAGGCUGAUGCAGUGACAGGGGGUAUCACGGGCAGUAAUGUGUCAGAUGGUGGACCUGAGCUGUCAGAAGGACACCUGGAAAGUGACAAGUGUGAGAUUGCUUCAAGGGGGCAGUCUGUUGUUGUUGCUGAAGAAGCUGGUGAUGGUAGUGCCUCGAAUGCACCUCUGCUGACGUCGGAGUGUCAAGAAAAAAAUGACUCGACUACCAAUUUACUCUUGAGCAGCAGAGAUGCAGGCAGUGAUGGGGUAGUGGAUGUUCCUCAAUUGGCGUCAGAGAUUGAGGGAGAAAAAAACAGUCAUUUAUCGCAGCUGCCUCAGCCUGAUGGUGGUGCGGACUUGGAGAGAUCUGGCCCGGCUACCUUGUCUGGUCCGUCUGUGAGCACGGACAAAGGUGGGGGCAAGAAAAAGAAGUUUAUGGCCAUGCUGAAGCGGCUUCGCACAGACGCCAACCUGGCCAACGCGACGCUGGACGAGGACACACUCAACACGCGGGCCAAGAGAGGCAUCCUCCCCGUGCAGGUGAAUCUCCAGGCGCGGCGUACCAGGCUCAGGCAAGACAACACGGUCAGGAACGUGAGCAGCAAGUUGAAGCGCCAGAUGGCUGGCGGCUUAGGCAAACAGCUCAAGAUUGACAUCCCAACGGAAGCUGAUGAUGGCAAAAAGAAAAGAGGCAGGCCCAGAAAGCUGAGCGGUGGCCCUCUGCCUCAGCUCACUCCAUCUGGGACACUGCCAGCUUCGCAGGAACUGAACUACCCGCCAAACACCACACCACCAACGCUCUCUCCCCAGGUGUCCCUCGACCCAGCGACCACCAAGGCGGAAUUGGAUUUCUCUGGCUCACUGCUGGAGAGGCAGGAGUUUGAAGCGGUGCCUGAGGGGGUGGACGAGGACUACCACUUAUACCUGUCGGGGGUCAGCGACGAUGACACCAGCACGUCGCCGCUCAAAGGCACGUCAGUCAGCCCCGUCAAGUUUCCUGUCACGGUGGCUCCACCUGACCUGACAGCGCAGGACAAUGUAGGAGGGACGAGCGCUCUUUCUCUGAAGGAACCACAGACCGAUGGCACUCACACAUCUUUGCCUGCUGCGGCCCAAGAAAGGGGUCCCGUCGGUGUAGCCGGCCGCAGGAAAAUGAAGGGAAAGAGAGGGCAGCCGCCGGGCCUGCCCAUGUCGGAAGAGGACACCUUCAAGCGGCCGCGGACGGCUCGCAAGUCGAUGAAAGUGAUCAAAGACAUUUACCCCCUGCUGUCCACGCACAGCUCUCCCAGCACGUCCGGCAGGAAGUUUGAAUUCCGUAAGAAGUCGACGCGGUCGCCCAUUGAGAUGUUGGAGAUGAAAAGGAGACAGGAGGAAGCAAUCUACGACCAGGAGGAAGAGCGCCGUCUCGCCCGGCUGCAGCUGUUGAGGCAGAAGCGGAACGCUCGUUUGACAUUUGAUGAAGAUGCCAGUUUUGAGGGUGAAGGGAGUGAAGGAAAUCUGAGGCCGUGCGCAGUUGUGCUCAGCGACUUUGUCAAGAAGCUUCAGCUGGAUGCCUUUGAGACUCAGCCUGACCAUGCGGCAGAUACUUAUGGAGUGGCCUCUCCUGGCAGCUCUGUAUACGAGGAGGAUGAUGAUGAGGAUUGGUGUGCCGACCUGGAAGAUCUUCAAGAUGAAGAUGAGGAGGAAUGGAGCACCACUGGAACGCGGGAAAGUCGUCCUUAUAUCCCGCGACUAAAGAUCAAGAGAGUGUUGAAAAAGGGCAAGGAAGCCAAAGGCAAACUGCGUGAGAGUGGGGAGAGUGCACGAGUACCAAGUCACCACGAGCCCAUCAAGCUCAUCAUCAAGACGGAGACAUCGCCUGGCAGUGAGUCUAUGGGGUAUUCGGCAAAUGUGACCACAGCGACGGUCAGCUCUGCGCAAGGUUUUGAUCUGGACAAAAUAGCAAGAACGGGCUUUGAGAGCAGCUACCUCGAGUUCCUCAAGGGCAAGCAGGGGGGUGAAAAGAGCAAACCUGUUAAGAAGAAGAGACCCCUCCUGUUGGUGCAGCAGCCCGCUACUGGCAAGGAGGGUGCGGUCAAGCCUGGGGUGGACCAACAAUCAACCAGUGGAGACUCCACUCACAGUCCUGCGAUUUCUCAAACUGAGCUAACAAAAUCAUCUUCUCCCAGCAUUACAGCGCCAGAGCUCACUGCUCAGCUAGGUCCCGCUCCUCCUGUUAAGCUCGGCCUGUCCACAUCUCACUCAGUCCCUGUGGAAAGUACUCCCCUGGCUGCAGAUUCACAUAGAAGUGUUGCGGAUGAUGAAGAUGAGGACAUUUUGAUUGUAGAUUUGGACGAGACCCCCACAGACACGCAGGGUGGGGCUGAGCCUGGGACGGACAGAGCUAAGACUGAUGGAGAGACGCACACCGCUGUGACGGUAACUCGGGAUGAUGAUAAGACGGCUUCUGAGACGUGCGGAGCGGCUCUGACGGCUGGUGUCGAUGUGGUGGGGCCAGGACCUGUGCUCAAUGUGCUCCAGGCGUCUGACGAGUCUGAGAGCGGUCUCAGUGGAAGCUCAGAGGUGGGGAGGGACAAAUCACGCCUCCCAUGCCCUGUCAGAAAGACCUUAUCCAACGAUGAAAUGAACCUCAUGCAGCAGUCGUACGCCCCUGGCUCAGAGGAACCAGGUGCUUUUAGCCUCGAUGGCAAGGGGAUCCCAGCUCCUGUGGUUGGUUUGAGUGGAGAGCAAGCCUCGACAGAGAAAGACAAAGGUGGCAAAACUGUCACACAGAAUACUGAGACUGAUAGCCAAGUCUCAGGAAAAGAAACACGUCCUGGUGUGGUAAGCACCUUGCCUGCUCCGCCAGUGGUGUCAGAUCUGGUGAUUUCUGGCGCUGACGCCGACGCCUCUAGGUGUUGUGAGGCCGGGCAAGAUGGCGGUGAGAAAGAGCGGGAUCCGGGAAGUACUGCAGAUACAGUGGGAACCCAACAGUCGGUUACCCUGCUCGGUGACUCUGGGACGAUGGCCGCAGCUGAGGAGAAAGGAGAGCAGGAUAUGUCGGUUCCUGGCUCUCCGGCUGGUCAAGAUGGAGCACGCGUAGAGGUGGCUGUGGUCAGUGAGAGCGCGACCAAAUCCAAAGACGAUAGGUUCUCUUCCUUAUCAACACUGACGCAGUCACAGACGGUGUGUGAUGUGUCCAGCCAGAACAGUAUGGCGGUGUCCAAGGCCCAGACAGUCACCGAACCAGAUUGUUUAGAGCGGGAGGAGGCAGCCACCAGCACAGCCAAUGACGACCACAGCUCAGGGCCCGAACCCAAGUCCCCCGUAUCAAGCGGUGCUUCACACAAGCGAGCAGACACCAGUGAGAGCAGCAAGAGCCCCAAGGCUAGCAGCCUUUCCCCCAUUGGACAGACGGAGUGGAAGCUGAAGCACAUCCUGCUCUCUGACAAACAGGCCUCAGGGAAGUACUCGUGUAAACGCUGCGGUUUCUCUGCAGGCACCAAGCUCACCAUCGAGUCUCACAUCUACAGCCACAUCCCCGGCGUGCAGUUCCGGUGUGCUUACUGCGAGUCCGAGUUCAGCUCCAUGGCUGCCACCUCCACGCACUUAAAGAACACGCACUUGGUGAAGGAAGCCAAGUUCCACAUCAGUCGACACAUAGAUGAGAAGAACUUUUACGAGAAGGAGGAAGGCAGCCCGGCGCGUACGCCAGCCGCCCCGCAAGUGUCGGCCAGUCCCACAGGGGAAGCUCAGUCCCCACCCGUGUACAUCUCGGUGGUGGUCAGUGGGAAUGUGGGUCGCGGUGGGCGCUCGGCCAGCUCUCGCCGUUUUGUGUGUACUCACUGCGGCUUCUCCACAAAUGUCCGAGAUGAUGCGGAGCAUCAUGUGUCAGACCUCCACUCUAGUCAGAGCCUGUACGCCUGCAUUCUGUGCGACGAAAACGUCUUCUACUCCGAGCCAGACAUCAAACAGCAUAGCGCCACAGUCCACCCGACACGGACGAGACCCUACCGCAGACUGCCAGAUUUUUACGACGCAGAGCGCCUGCACAAGAAGGAGGAGGCAGCAAAUGCAGAGGACUCGCCAGAGAAUAUUCUUGGGCGGGUGAGCUCCAUGCUGCACCGGGAGGACUCUGAUCUGGAGGCGGCCUCCAUAGACCACCGACAGAAGGCAAAGGACUACCUGUACCUUCAGGAGGGCUGGAAAGAGAAGCGCAGUGCGGAGGCUGACAGCACCACUGCGGUGGAUUAUACAGAGGAGGCUGUGGACAAUGAUGUGGACGACCCCGCAGCUGACGACGCGGCCUUGCGGCAGGGAGAAGAGACCUGGACGGGCCGGGUGGAGAGAGUGGGCGGAGGGAAUGAGGUCAGCUCGAGGAACGUACCCAGCACGAACAGCAGCGAGCUCAGUCCGUCUCUGCCAGCGGAGACGGGGAGCUUGAAGCACAGCAGUAGCGGAGACAUCUCGUCCACAGCCACCGCCCGGGGACAGGCGGAGGAGGAACCGCUCGCAGAACAGGCCACAGUUGUCUCAGGAGGGCUCACUGCAGGUUCCAGCGGUGAUGGUGACCAAGACAAGUCUGCAGAGAGCAGGCCUGAGGGGAUGGCAGGGGAUGAGCCUAUCUCACAGACGAGUGUUCCCUCAUCGCAGCCUAGUGGAGAGACUCCACCAGCCCCUGGCUCUGACACAAGGGUCGCGGCCAGUUCUGAAACGGACAAGCCACCUGCCCUGGAUGCGGCGGAACCCAUGGAGGCGACAGCUCCCCCCGAGGCUGGCCCGAGUGACGGGGACUCCUCCGGCCUGAAGAUAGUGGAGGUGGUCAGCCUGAGUGGUCAGCAGGACAGUCCCUUCCACUGUGAGCGCAGCACGGCCGCAGUCUCCCAGGCUGAGGCCUUGUGGAGCAGCCCUCAGACGUCUGUGUCCGGAAGUGUGAGUGUCACGGCCAGCGCCGGGUCUCCCAGCUGUGAUCCCACCCUCUCGACUCAAGCGACGACAGGGACCAUGUCACCUCUACCCUCGCAACACAGUACAGCUUUGGGCCCGUCAGGAGAUGCCUCUAAACCUCCUCAGCCCUCUUCCACCCCCACAACGACAACCACUUCUUCUAUUACUAUGUCGUCAGCGUGUGCUUCAUCGUCAUUAACAACAACAACGACCUCGGCGGAAGCCCCCACAUCUUCAUCCUCAUCCUCUUCCACCGAAACGCCGCAACCGUCAUCGUCGGGUGGGCGUCUGCCACUGUCGUAUAAGUGUAGCGCCUGCAAGGUGCACACGCCCUACCUCCUCAUGAUGGUGAAGCACCUGAAGGCCAAGCAUCCGCUCAUCGACUGCUUCGCUUGCCCCUACUGCAAGAAGGCGCUCUGCUUCUCCAGCCAGAAACAGCUGCGCAUCCACAUCAAGAACCACCACCCGGACAAACUGUCGCGCAACGAGAUCUCCCUCUCGGACGAGGCCAAGAAGCUGGUGGAGGCAAUGGUGCUACCGUCCAGCCCCGAGUGCGUGCGGGUGGGCAACCGGCUGGUGCUGGAGGAGGACAUCCACACGUGCACUUACUGCCACCUCAAGAUGACAUCGCUGGCCAGCGUGUACGAGCACCUCAACGACCAACACUCGGACCUGUUUGAGUUUGUUUGCCCCGUGUGCCAGAGUUUCAAGCACAAGGUCCUGGCUGAGAUCGCCACGCACUGCUCCAGCGCUCACCAGACCUCCCUGGACACAGACAAGGUGCACGUCUCGGUGCCCAAGAACCUGUUCUCUGUUCUCACCUGUAUCUCCCGCAAUGGAAAAUAUAUUGAGAAGACGCUGGAAGCAUCCUCCUCGUCGUCGUCAUCGUCUCAAGACACUUCAUCGGACACUGCCAGUAAACCACCCCCCGCAUCCUCUCUCGACCUCUCCUCUACUAGUAAGUCUAAGGAAACCACAGAUGUGCAAAAAGAGUCAACGGAGCAGCAGAAAGUGGCAGAAGCUUCAAGUCCAGCAGUUCAGCAAACUGCUGUAGAAAUGAGCGCAAGCAAAACCACAACCACGUCUGCGGUUACUCCCCCUGUUGCGUGCACGGGCGCCCCUGUGCCUCUCAUUUCACUCAUAUCACGGACUCCUCUCAUCGCCAUCCCUCUCACCACAGUGGGCACGUCGGUCUCCACGCGGCCUGUCAUCGCCUUCUCCAGUGCCCUGUUUGACACGUCGUCCAUGCCGGGACCCCCUCCGGCCGCCCUGGCUGCCCCUGCCCCACCCCUCGGACUUGUUCACAGUGCCGGCGCCCCUGCCGCUGCCAGCUUCCUGUCCCCACGACAGCUGCUGGCCUCCUCUACCAUCACCAAACCUCAGAGCCUCCGACCCGCCCCCUCCCUCCACCCCAAGCCCCCCCACCAAAGUCAGACACAUGGCGCAGGAAGUGGCGCUGGUUCGGUGAGGAAUCUGCCGGUUCUCAACGUGCCUACCAUCCGACCUCGACCUUCCUCCUCCUCUCCUGCCCGUAGUUCGGAGGCUAGGAGCUACACCUCGUCCCCAGCCUCCUCCUCUCCUAGUCCACUAGCUCACAGCUUCCUCCAGCCACCAGCCACCUCCACCACCACAGCUACAUCAGCCACAGCCGACAGUUUACCUGAUGUGGAGCCCAACCCCGAUGCCUUCAAAAUCUUCAACCUGCGACCAAUGGCACCAGCAGCCCCUAGCGCCUCACCGUCACCGAGCGCCCCGGCAAUGUUUGCAGGGGGUCAGGCUUCCAGCACGCCCACUGUGUUCCCCCCUGUGAGUGGUUCUAGUCUCCCCGGCGGCUACCUCCCCGGCCACAUGGCGGGUCUCCCACCCGGCAUUGUCAUCCCCCCCAACCUUCUGCCCCAGGGUUUCUCCUACCCCCAAGUCCCCGCCUCCAGCCCGGGGACUCUGCCCACCACCAGCAGCAAGUCACGACAGCCCACCACCUCACGGCGACACGGGGAGCCUGCCGCCUCGACCAAUCCCUCGCAGGCCCACAGCAAACGCGCCGCCACAACAGCACUGCUGCUCAAACAGCAGAGGGAGGAGCUGUACCAGCUGAAGCAGCAGCAGCUGUCUCGCCACGCCCUUGAGCUGCAGCGGCAGAGACUGCUGAGCAGCCAGCUCAAACAGCAACAGCCACAGCACCCCUCGCCCAUGGUCCACCCAGCGUUCCCGCGGCCCCACCUCCUCCCCCACCCUGUAGCCACUCUGCAGGCCAGGCCCGGACUGAGCAUUCCCUUCCCCAUCCCCCACUCGUCACCCAGCUCCCCGGCCGCCUCACAUUCCCCGCUCUCCGCCAGCCCAGAGUCUCACUCUGUGGCCCCGCCCCCCUCGGUGGGCUUGGCUCAGGCGGGCCAGGUGGGAGCGCGCCCGGCCAAAGGCGUCCACAAGCGCAGCAGUAGCUUGUACCAGUGCCCCUACUGCCCCAGCGGUGUGCGGCUCAAGGCCAUCGAGGUGCCCUCACACAUCCAGCAGCAGCACCCAGGGCAGCCUGUGCUCUUUAAGAAGGUCGUGUGAACACACAUACACACACACACAGACUGAUGGACUCGCUUCCCCUCCUUCCGUCAAGGGAAUGACUUUCCUGGGAAGAGCCCAUUCCUUCCUUCAAGUCCCUGCCCAUUUUGGCAGUGUAUAUAUAUGCCCUACUGAACAGGCGAAGACUUUUGUGCAUGAUGCUCGAGUUGAGACUGGGUGGUGGGCUGCUGCAAAUUAUGUACCACAAGGUGCACCCUGACAUCUCAGCUGUUCCGUUGUGACUGGCUUGACAUGGCGAUCAACUUGUCCUCUGUGGCUCUCACUUCCUUCCCCCCCCACACACACACACACACACACACACAUACACAUUGUACAGUUCGCCAUUAGUAAAUGAGACCUCUCUUCUUGCUGAGCUGUCUACUGUCACUCUGUUCCUGAGCCAGUACGUGAAGUUGUGCAGGUUAUGUGUUUUGCCUUGCUGGUGCUGAGUGUAUGACUGUUGUCUUCAUUGUUUAUAGAGCAGAAGAAGAUCAGUCGCUCUCGAAUUCUAGACCGUCGUGCUGUGUUCACCGCUGAGGUCACCCAUCAAAACUCUGAAUGGCAGCUUCUCCAUGGACUGGAGUCCUUCAUUCCCCAUCCGAUCACAGGCAUCAGAGUUACCAUACAGUGUGUCUCCUUCUGCGUCCCCUCUGAUGCUUCAACGAACUUGCAAGUUGGCUGUUGCCCAAAUCAGUUGUCCUACUUCGCACGUUCUGUGCAGCAUGUCAUUUACAGGUGAUAUUUCAACUGGCAAAUCAGGAUGGUCCGCACCAGGUUUUGUCUCUCCUACUCUGUAAAGUGUGUCAUCUACAGAUGAUUCCGUGAACAAGCGAAUGGACAAUCGUCUACAGUACAUCAAGUUUCUCACUCUGUCUCUUGCUUCAAGUGCAGUUUUGCUCGUCAUCUACAAGUGUUUGAGAGUUACAGAGUUUCCAGAACUGGCAAAUCAAACAACUCUCCCGUCAGCUUUCCUCCUAAGGUGUUUAUCCAGUGAUUGAACGAGGGCUCAACACUCUUCCCCUCACUUGUCAUGCUGGUGGUAGCUGACAUUGUAGUGCUUCUUAAUCUUAUGUUGAGAUUUUUUCCAGAAUUAUCUUUUUACUGGGGUGGGGGGGUG